GGGUGACAACAACUGUGUCUGCCCUAGACGGUAGCUUUUGUCAACCUCUGGGCCUGCUCUUGGAAAAGGGUUAGGAGCAGGACACCACAAGACCCGUGGCCCAAUGGAGGCCCAUCGGUCCCUGCUGCUCCUGCUGGCCCUUGGGGUACUACUGUAUGUGGAAGGAAAUGUACUUGAGACCAAAAUCAUCGGGGGUCGUGAGGCAGCCCCCCAUUCCCGUCCAUACAUGGCCUCACUGCAGAAAGCUGGAUCCCACCUGUGUGGGGGGGUUCUCGUGCACCCGCGGUGGGUGUUAACUGCUGCUCAUUGCUUAGCCAAGCCAAUACAGCGACUGAAGCUGGUGCUAGGCCUCCAUGACCUCCGCGACCCCGGCCUCACCUUCCACAUCAAGGCAGCUGUCCAGCAUCCCGGCUACAACCUCAGGCUGGAGAACGAUCUGAUGCUGCUUAAGCUGGACAGACAGGUGAAGCCCAGCAGGACCAUCCGGCCCCUAGCCAUGCCCAAAAAGUGCCAUGUGGUGCCAGUGGGGACACAGUGCAGCAUAGCUGGCUGGGGUCAGACCCAUCAGGGUGGGCGCCUGGCCCAGGUGCUGCAGGAGCUGGACCUCCGCGUGCUGGACACCCGGAUGUGCAAUAACAGUCGUUUCUGGAAUGGCACCAUCACAAGCCGCAUGCUGUGCUUGGCAGCUGACACCAAGGGCCAAGCCCCCUGCAAGGGUGACUCUGGCGGUCCCCUUGUCUGUGGCAAAAACCAGGUGGACGGGAUCCUGUCCUUCAGCUCCAAAACCUGCACUGAUGUCUUCAAACCACCGGUGGCCACCGCUGUGGCCCCCUACCUGUCCUGGAUCCGGAAGGUCACCCGCCCCUGGCCAUCCCAGCCUUCGGCCUAUUGCUCUGGGUGGCAGCUCCUUUCCCCUUGAGGUCAUAGGAAGAACAGAGAUGGGGUGGAUCCAGGUGUG